AUGUUGACGACUGGAUUGGUGUCCCUGAACGUGCAUGAAGCACUGACUUUUGAUGGAACCGAAAUUGUUCUGCAUCCCGACCUGUUUGCUGCUGAUGGGCACAACAAUGUGACAUCCAUUGGCAAUUCUGCGCGACACCCUAGCAACAUUCGACCCUCUCCAUCGGCUGGAACUGGUGUGUCCUCUGUUGGAUCCGCUUCUACCGUCGCAACCAAUGUGGAUCCUUCCGCACAACAGCAGGGCCAGCCCCAAUCCUCCACAUCAGCAGGCAGUCAGCCUCCUCCAACAGUUGGCUUGGCGCCUGCAGUUUCUUCCGAUGGAGGAAAACUUGCCUGGACAGGAGGAGUGACAAACACUGGCGCCUCCCAAAGACGCUUAGAAGUGGGGGAUAUGAUUGAAAUCAGGGUAUGGGAUCCCAUCCCACUUCAAAAUCGACACCCAUCCCCAGGAGGUGUAUCGGCAGUCUUUCGCAAACGAUCGGCGGCAUCCGUUAGCUCUGGGGGGUCAGCAUCCACAGAAGCACAGAAAUCAUCGGUUGCAGCAGCAACCUCGAAAAAGGUUGGAAUAGCAACGCCUUCCAUGUCUGGAGUUGGAUUUUCAAACGUCUUGACAUUAGGUGGUGCUACUGCUAGUGCUGGAGCUCCUUCUAUCACAACCAAGGCACAACUGGAGUCUGUGACUUCCAAUUUGUCUCGGAAAAUGAGUCUAGCCACAUCGAAUACAUCAGAAUCCAUGCAAUACUCUGACUGCUCCACGAACGAACAGGCCACAACCUCUGAGCUACAUCGAAUCGUAACCACUACUCAGACUAGGACUCCUACACCUUCCAAAGACACUCAGGACACAGCUUCAGCAGACGAUACCAGAGCUGCUGGAAACAGAAACACUAUGAGUGCCGAGUCAACUGCUUCCCUGACAUCCCCCAUCAGUUUGCCAUGCACCAAAACUGUCAUCACCGUGCCAAACACAACAAAUAAUGCCACCUCAACUGUCUCUGGCAAGCCACCAAUCUUUGGCGGUGCUCUGCUGUCUGGCAACUCCAGUCGACGCACUCAAUCAGAGUUGCCCCGCCUUCCAUCGACCAGUGGUGCCGCUCUGCCAAAGCCUCCCCUACAACCGAGAGCAUCAACCCACGGUGAUACAUCGUUUGCUGCGUACUACGAAUCACGAAAACGAUCUGCCAAACCCAUCCACAGCCGUGAAAUUUCGGACAUGACUGCGGAUUCUAUGGUUCAUGGCUUGAUGCACAACUUUCCACCUCAAUCAUCGCAACACUCGUCCACGGGGAACGCGAACUCUAGUAGCAACAAUCCUCUCGAUUUCAAUCUCCCCCUGGGAGUGGAUAUUAUUGACCGAGAGGAUCCCACCGAAACUGGGCGUGGUGGUGAUGAUGAAGACGACAAUACACAGGGAGAUGACACCUUGAGUCUGAUUGGGAAGACUCAUGUCAUGAGGUUCAGCUUUGUCAUCAAAGUCACAGAAAAGACUCUGACUAGUUUGAAGGGAUCGGCGCGAACGCAAGUGUCCGUGCUUCGGCAAGUGGCAGAUCUAUACAAUUUGUCGUCCUACGAUAUGGUCAGCAUCAAUCGGAUUGACAAGGAGGAUGAAGCUGCAGUUCUGACGGCUGUCUCGGCCGAUUUUGUACUUUUAUCCAUCAAGGACCAAUUCAUUUCACGGGGAGAUAUGCAUUUGUUUCAAAAGUCCUUAGUGGGGAGUUGGGUUUACGAGGGGCAGCGGCUUUCCGAGGCAGCAAGAGGGAUCAAAGCACACGCUUGGUUGAUUCGCCACGGGAACCAACCGGCCAAGUCAGGCAUCGUUACAGAGGACACCAUGAUAACGUUUCGGAGCCGUUCAUCGCGAAUCUUCUGGCUGGUUCAAAUUGCAGCCGAGAGCUUUGACUAUGCCUCUCCAUUCGAACGAGAAAGGGGUGAACAGAAUGAAAGUGUCUGCGAGAUCUACUUUGACAGGUGGAUCUCGUUUGUGUACCGAUUGUUUGAUAAGUGGAAAGCUUUAGAAGUGACACACUCCUUGACAGUUGUCUUCUUCAGCCGAACUUUUCUGAGUUCUCGACAGGCAAUCACUGUCAACGCCGACGGGGGAACCUUGGAUUGUAGGGAUGUAUAUGGACGCCCUUAUGAGGAUCACUACAAAAUGGUUAUUGAGAAUGAAACCAGGGCAGACCGGGAGUCAUUGGUUGUUCGGCUAAAAGAAGAGUUUCUGAAGUAUCCGCUGGAAGUCGGGUGGAAUUUGUCAACGGGAGACCUUGGUAGGAGGCCUUCGAAUGCCAGUCAGGGCAAUGUGCUUGAGGCAAUCAAUAUUACCUCAAAUCUUCUUCAGUUCCACUACCUGGAUCGAGACCUCCAUAGAACGGGGAACUCGAUCGUGCUUAUCACGCCUGGAUGUGGCGUUUUUGAAGUGGACAAGGGAUUGGCCAGCAUUACAUUCCAACGAAUGCUGGACAACGGAAUUGGGAGUGACAUGCUCAGCCUUGGCCUCCCCCCGCUACACAUUGCUCCAUUCUUUCUCUACAAUAACGAAUAUCGCACAGUUGAGAGUCGCGGAGUGGAUACGAACGAGACAUACUACGAGAUUCCUCAUUGGAUGCAUUUGGCUUUCAUCAGUUAUGAAGAUGAUCCGGGGAACGCUGGUCAGAUUCCAUCCAGAGAUGUUGACGGAGAAGCGCUGAAACAGUUUCGGGGAACAGGAAAUGAUCCACAAGUCGCGGCCAAUGGUUUCAUUUUGCCUCAAAAUGACUCCUUUGAUUCAUUGAUACCAUCGAAAGUCAAGGUUGAUCCGAGCUCGCCAACAAGUUUUUCGGUGAAUGGCAUUGCUGCAUCGUCACCCGAAAAGCCUCUCAGGGAAUGGACAUCCAUGGACUUGGAUCUCGACGAGCCCUGCAAAGUCAUUCGACCAAGAUCCGGCAGCUUCGGCUUACACGACAAAAAUUCCGAAAGAUCUGAUGGGAGCGUGCUUUCGAGCCCAGGAUCCAGCUACACUACUAGUAGUUUGGUCGGAAUGCAUUUUGAUAGGCGGCAAAAAGGGGGAACAUCCCUUGGUGGCAUUCACCUGCAACGUGCAACAUCACUACAGAAUGUCACUCUUGCUGAUGGGCACGAUGACACAGAAACCGUCAAGAGCGACGGUUCGUUGUCUACUAUGGGUCCUGACAUGGACCCUGGCACAGAUGAGGAUUUGGCAUCUCUGAAGGCCGCCGAAAAGGAGCGAAUCAGAAGCGCAAACAUGCUUAGAAAGCUCAUGGCGAAGCACGAUUCGAACUACUUCGAAGUUCAGACCGCCGCGGCACCAACUGCAGAUCCAAUUAUCAACCGGACGCAGCUCUAUCAACCUUUGAAUGAAUCGGUUCGAAAUAUGAGCCCACUGGCCCCAACACUGAGCGUUCCAUCGAAUCGUUUUCCGGCAAAUCGUAGCGGAAACGAGCCAACUCAGAGUGGGGGUAUCGGGGCGGCCCUCUCUCACUACACUGUUUCCCACGAAGUGAUGGCCGGGGUAAACGACAGUGUCUCUAACAGAAUCCGAGUUAUGAACCCUGGCGAUGGGGUUGGCGUCACGUCCCGAACGCUGUCGUCGGGAUCGAGAAACCCACAGUUUAGUGAUUUGGGGGCACGUGCCAUGUCUCCUCUCUUGUUGCCUCCACCUGGAGUCCCCUUUGGUGCUUCAUUGGAUCCUCCCGAUCUAGUGCGCCCAGAGGAUCGUCAGUUGGCGUCCAGGCUGCUGCCAAGAGACUUCAGGGCGUUAGGAGGAGCCAGGGAUGGUGCUAGCUCAAGGUCGUUGAACACUCUCUACAGCGGGAGGGGAGUGGGUGCGUCAACCCAACCCAGCUUCGUAGAGCCAACUACCGAAGUGCGAACCAGUAUUAAUAAACGACAGGAGGUCACCAGCAGAAGUGGCGUGGCCAAUGUGGGGGCUAGCUCGCCGAGGGCCGGUGACAUGUACAGAGGAAACCAAGGUCGAAGUCAACGCAAUCGUGAAAGCACAACUUCCCAUCGCCACGCCCGCAAGAAAGCAUUCAAUCCAUUUCGGCAAGCCGACGAAGACAAAGUCUUGGCGAAGCGGUCCCACAAUCGUCGUCGUUGGUCACAUGUUUUCCCACAAGGCGAGGUUGAGUUCAAAAGGCAUGCGGGCCCUGCUUGGCGGUCCCUUUGCUGUCCAGCUAUUCUUCCUUUGUCAGUUGAUUACUUUCCUUCGAGACAGGAAAUCGAUCAAUACUUCCAGUUCAACAUUUACAACGUGACACUGUCUGACUUUGAAAACACACCGUAUUCCACGCAUGGAGACGUUAUGAUGGAGAUGUUGCGACAAAGGAUUUCGCAAGACUACCAGCUUGUCACUCCGUCCUGCGUAGACGAAACCGUUCACAGGGCCAAUCCUGCAAUGGGGCGUGCUCCUUACGGGUCGGGACGUGCUUCAAGCGUCAUACCCAAGCUACCGAAAGAAACUAACGAAAACGAGCGACCAAUCAAGCAUUUCUUGACUAUGGGACAUCAGCUCCAAGAGAUCACCUACGACCCCAGCACUGACACGAUAGAGGUUGUGCGAUUCAACGAGAGGGAUGCUCAAAACGACAAAUUGAACACUUUCAAGUAUCAGUACCUUCUGUUUUCGCCAUUGCUGCAGAAAUAUACAAAAGUUGUUGCGACUUUCAAGAAAUAUGCAGACCAGUACAACUGGAACAAGGUCGAUAGGAUUAUCUGCGGAGCCGAUGACAGAUCUCUUAGGGAAGGAAUGCGCUUCCGCCGCAUUAUGUUUGGCCUGAUUCCUCCCAAGUUUACAAACGCCGAGAGUGAACAAGAGUACAUCGCAAAGUUUAAGAGACUCAAUCCUGCGCCGAACUUGUAUGAAACGAGAGCCGUCACGGGCGUUGACUCAAUGCAGCGAUCCACUGUCCAACUGCGCAAGGGCAAACAUGAUCCCUUUGAAUGGAUUGAGCUGGCAACAGACUCGGAGUUUUCGACGUUGAAGUCAUUCAGAAUCCUUUUCAACUGGUUGGCUGCGAGUAGCGGCAAGGUGGAAACACAGGCACAACUCUUGCAUCGGCGCUGCUCUCAGUAUGGUCUGAGCUUGACCUUCUUUCCGCAGACGUCGAUCUCAAGAGAUCUUUUGCUCGACCCGUUCAAGUCUCCGCCAACGUUCUGUGUGCGCGAUGACGACAAGGCAAAGGCCCUAUACACUUCCAUCUUGGCGCUGGAUUUUAUCAACGAUGGCGUGUUCUACACACAGACAAGGCCCAUUCUGCAAUGUAUCGAGAACGGAGCCGAGUUUGAUUUUGGGAGGCGACUCAGUACCGCUGCGCGGCAGUUUGUUCAUCGCUCGGGAACUCUCUUCGUCCGCCUGAUUCGUGAUCGUCGCGGCUGGGUGAUUUGCGUUGUGAUUCCGAACGGGUCGCAUAUCAAGAAAGACGAAGACAAGCGUGAGCGAAUCGCCAAAAGCACCUUCAAGGAUCUGGUGCAGCUGAUUGGAUCUUUGACAGAGGACGACGAAGAAGACGAAGCCUGA